AUGGGGGAUGUCACAACCAUAGACGUGGGAUCAGGAUUCUUUGUGGUGCAGUUCACUCACAAGGAAGAUUAUAACGCAGCGCUGACUGGCGGACCGUGGCUCCUCUAUGAUCAUUACCUGGCCGUGCAACCUUCGAAGCAAGUGUUUGAUCCCGAGGGCGAGGAGAUAAACAAGAUUGCUGCAUGGAUCCGCAUCUCCAAACUCUCUCUCGACUUUUAUGAUACAGGGAUUUUACAUGUGCUGGGGUCGCAAGUGGGAAGAGUGCUGAAAGUCGACAAAACCACGCUUGGCAGGAAGAAGGGAAGAUUUGCUCGUAUUUGCGUUGAACUUGACCUGUCUGCACCACUAUGCCCUAUGAUCCUUGUUAAUGGGAGAGAGUAUAAAGUUCAGUAUGAGAGUAUCCAUCUCAUAUGUUUUACAUGUGGACGCUAUGGGCAUGAUGCAGACCAUUGCACUAGUGGAAAUAUAGGGGGAAGCAAUGUAAAAACCACCAGUGGUGAUGCGGCAGAGUUGAAUAAGCAAAACGAUGGUACGAUGGGAGAAGGGGAGGAAGGAAAAAAUAAGAUGGAGAAGGAGACCCCCGCCGUCACUCCCUUCGAGAGCUGGAUGGUGGUACAACGGACUCGGCGGUUCCGGCGACUGAACCAAAUUGUCGACAAAGGGAGCGAUUCUGGGCGGGAGAUCCGUGGGACUCAAAUCAUGGGAAGUCGAGGAUCUCGCUUCAGUGCUUUAAGUGAGGGAGACUUUCAAGGCGAAGAAGGAGGGGCGACAAAUCAGGAAAAGAUUUCCACACAGGAUAUGAAUAAAAAAGGGGCAUCGUAUUCCCUCUAUAACCCCCUGGGGGUUGGGCCAUCCACUAUGAAGAAAAAUGGGCCACAUCCAAAGAAGAUCAUUAAUGGGCCGGAAAAGUCGAGCAAAGGAAAGGGAGUAACUCAAAUGCCCGCAACACUGGGAGCAAGUGAUAUGGCUAUUCUUAUAAAGGUCAAAGCUGGCUUGGGCCCACAUAUGAAUGAACCGUCCUUGGUGAAUCAGAAAGAUCUAGUACUUGCAGAAGGAAAAAGGAUAACGUCUUACGUUCAUCCCUCCCAACCUCCCGACAUGCAUCUCGAGCAUGUCCAAAAGUGCGACCCAUUGUCAGGAAGCACGACAGGUUGCGAGGUCGCAGACAAUCCUCAUGACCCUGGCGAAACGUCAACAGAAGAUGGCGUCGACUUUAAUGUCACCUACAAGUCCUCACAAGUGUUGCAUGGGCGAUUCUAUGGUAGUACACAUGCUGCGUGGGAUCUCUCUGUGAUCUACGGGCACCCGAAUGUCUCCCAACGACAUCAUUUAUGGCAGCAGCUACGUGAAAUUGAGGAGCGAGGAGUUACAAGGUGGUGUAUAGGGGGAGACUUUAAUGCAACCUUAAGGAACAAUGAUCGACGCUCCCAUGCGAGAGUACCGGUAGGCCCUGAUAGAGAGUUCAGCCGUUGGGUUCGGGAGAGUGGGGUUACGGAGGUGGAGUUUCAAGGGCCACAGUUUACUUGGAGUAGAGGAACAUGCUCAAGCCGGUUAGAUCGCAUCGUGGCGUCUGAAGGUUGGAGGAACAAAUUCAAUGAAGCGUUGUGCCUGCACCUACCCAAAGUCGUGAAGGAUACCUGGAGCUCGACUAGAGAAUGGGGACAAAAUGUGGAGAAUUUCAAAAAGAGGGUAGUCGUUUGGAACAAAGAAGUUUUCGGUAAUAUAGAUAGACGCAAGUCCACGUUACUUUCAAGGCUUGAGUAUCUCGCAAAGACCAGCGGAGACGAUCCAAGUUGGAAUUCUGAAAGGAACAGGGUAUGGGAGGAGCUCGAGCAAUGCUUGGUACAAGAAGAGCUAAUGUGGCUUCAGCGCUCACGUGUUAACUGGUAUUCACAAGGAGACAGAAACACUAGUUAUUUCCACAAUGUCACCAAGAGUAGAUCUAGAAGGAAAACGAUUGAGGCCCUAAGAACUGAGGAAGGGGAGUGGUGCUAUGAUCCAGAGGAAUUAAAACGUGCGGGUACAGCAUUCUUCCAAAGUUUAUAUUCAGCCAAACAAGAUUGUAGCGAGCUCAUAGACUUUGGCAGUACAUACCCGCAGAUCCCGUCUGACAGGCUAGACUUCUUGGGGGGCAAUAUAUCAUCAGAGGAAGUCAAGAAGGCUAUCUUUAGUAUGGGUGCUCUGAAAGCACCAGGCCCAAAUGGACUAAACCCUUUGUUCUUCCAGAGCCAGUGGCACAUUGUGGGAGAGUCGAUCAUAAAACUGACUCAAAAAUUUUUUAGUAACCCAUCUGAAAUUGAAGGAGUCAACGGUACUAAUAUUGUGUUAAUUCCAAAAGUGGAGACGCCCCAGACAUUCAGAGAUCUGAGACCGAUUAGUCUGUGUAAUGUAAUCUACAAGGUCUUUACCAAAACUUUGGCAAAUAGACUAAAGACCAUCAUGCCAUUGCUAGUAGCUCCCAAUCAAUGCAGCUUCGUUCCAGGUAGACAGAUACAAGAUAACAUCAUUCUGGUUCAGGAGAUCGUCCACUCUAUGUCCAGGAUGAAAAGGAGAAAAGGCUUCAUGGCUUUGAAAAUUGAUUUGGAAAAGGCCUAUGAUCGGGUACAUUGGAAUUUUGUGAUAAGAUGUCCAAAGGAGUUUGGGGCGCCAGCUAACUUCACUAAUGUUAUCCUUGCCGCCCUUAAGACAGCCAGGAUACAAGUUCAGUGGAAUGGAGCGAAGGGGUCAGUGUUUGCCCCCACACGUGGGCUUAGACAAGGGGACCCCAUCUCACCUUAUUUGUUUGUGUUGAUCAUGGAGAAGUUGGCCCAUCUAAUACAGAACGAACAAGCUUGGAACAAGCGGGCAUUGUCAAGGCCUGCUUAG